UUCUCUUUCUCACUUUCUCACCAUUCCAUUCUCACUCUCUGGAAGCGCAAGAGAGGCGCCGUUCGUGUGUUCGCAGUGAUUUCUAGUCCCACAUCAUAAAUGCUUUCAUUAAUAAGUCAUCACUAAGUACCAAACAAACUUGAUCACAAGGAAACAUGCGGUAUCUGUCGGAAGAAGAGCUCAAGGGCUUCGAAAACUACGAGUACACGUGCAAGGAUACCAGCCCGCUGAGCAACUACGUGAUGCACCCGUUCUGGGACCAAGCAGUCAAGCUCGUGCCGCGUGGGGUGGCUCCCAACGUGCUCACGCUGUCGGGGUUCGUGCUGACGCUGGUCAACGUCGGCCUGCUGUCCUACUAUGACUUCGCCUUCUUUGCGUCGAGCGACCUCCACCCUGAGGCUCCACCGGUGCCGCCGUGGGUGUGGCUUGUGUGCGCGGUGAACCAGUUCCUGGCUCACACAUUAGAUGGAAUCGAUGGAAAGCAUGCCCGCCGCACUGGGAGCAGUGGUCCACUGGGCGAGCUGUUUGACCAUGGUUUGGACAGCUGGGCAACGCUGUUCAUGCCAGUGUGCCUGUACUCGGUGUUUGGCCGUGCUGAGAUGAGCUGCAACACAUGGCGCUUCCUGCUUGUCCUGUGCAACAUCCACUUCUGCUUCAUUCUAUCCCACUGGGAGAAGUACAACACUGGCAUUCUCUACUUGCCUUGGGGAUAUGACAUUUCCCAGAUGAUUCUUCUCGGGAGCUUCGUGCUGACCUACUUGCAUUCAUAUCGACUGUGGAAGUUCACCAUUCUUGGAUUCGGUGCUGGUGAAUGCCUUGAACUGACAUUACAUGCUGGCUCUUUCUUCAUGACGAUACCCAUGUGUCUCUACAACAUUCAUCGUGCCUGGCAAGAGGGGCGUCUGCGGCAGCCCAGUGUCUGGGAAGCAGUGCGGCCACUGCUGUCGGGUGUGGUGCUGUUUGUGCUGGCCCUGAGCUGGGCGAUUGCAUCUCCCAACGACGUGCUGAGUCAUCAGCCACGCCUUUUCUACUUCCUCCUGGGUACACUCUUCUCCAACAUCUCGUGCCGGCUCAUCAUCAGCCAGAUGACGUCAACACGGUGCGAGGCGUUGAACCUGCUGCUUCUCCCUAUGGCGCUUGGUGUGGCUGGCUGCCUGUGGUUGCAGGCAGACGAGACCCUGGUGCUCUGCCUGUUGGCCACCCUGGUGGCUCUUGCACACGUGCAUUAUGGCGUCUGCGUGAUGCCUGCUGCUCUAACCAUGUGCUGGAAAAGGAAAAGAAAAAAGCCUUAAUUUUUUUCUUUAUUGCGAUGGCAAUAUACGGACACUCAAGGCGCAUUCACACUGUAGCCUCCACCACUGCUGCAUGCAUGGCCUGUGCACAAAGGUUUAGAGGAUCUCCAGAGUGCAUUUGGCUGCAGAUCGGACACACUAUCAAUAGAGAGCUAAAUUGGCUUGGUGGUGGAGCCUGGCCGGCAUUUUGUCUUCUGCUACUGGCUUGAAUGUUGCACACGGACACAUGAUACAAGCACACUAGCAUUCCUGCGGAGCUGCUGUGUGUGUGCACCGGCAUGAAAGAAGCCCAUGAGUACACACAAGAUUGCCGCGCGACUAACCGCUCAAGGAACUUAGCGUGUAUUCGCGGCUUUCACACAGAAAAACUUCUGUGUAGCAUGCAUUGAGCAACAGAAAGCUGUAUCGGGAGUUUUUCAUGUUGCUAUACAAUUUUCUCAUUGGCACUUUUAAUCUAAUUGUAAUAUUUGAGAAGCUGAUUAAUUAAGGCUAAUUAUGUCAUUAGGCGGGUUAUCCCGGGUUAUGUAAUAAACUGAAUAUCACCAAGCGGUGGCAAACAUUACCUUGGUUCUGUCUAGCUACGUAGCGUUUGCAUAUUUUUAUAAAGUUUGGCUCAAAUUAAAGGGACACUGAAGGCAAGUAUUAAGUCGAGCUAGAUUGAAAGAUUAGGCUUUUGUAUUAACGGACUCUCCAUUCAUAAUGAAAACAUAGCUUUUGUAAGUGAGGAAAUGACAUAAAUAAAGAAUCGAAGUGGUG